AUGGCAGAAGUCAGCCUCCCUCAGCAUUCCCAAACUCUAGGAUACCUAGAAUCGCGACUGCCACCGUUGCAAGAGUACCACGAUACAACAGUCCGUUACAUUCGAGCCGGAUUUUACUUGGAUGCCAUUCAUUCCGUCUUGGAAGGAUUUGCGAAGUGCAAUGUCCCAACAGAGAUGCAACACAAUCGAACCAGUAUCUCCAUUGAUACUGUUGCUGUUUCCAGUGAAAGCACAUUGAUGGACCGAAAUCCAAUGGACCCUCAUGUGGGCAGUAGGGACAAUUGUUCCGAAGAGCUCUUGGUCUUGGCAAUGAUCUACAAUCUGGCUCUAUCCUAUCAUUUGUACGCGCUGACCACCACUACGAGUAGUCCACAAUACACGGACACAGAACAUGAUAGACAAGUAAGGGAGCAAAUGCCAAUGAUCUGCUCCGACUCUUUUCAUCUAUACGAAGAGUCAAGAAUACGGUUGCGGCAUCUUCGUCCAGCCCUAAAGGCAUCUCUUUACAGCGUACCGGCAAUGGAGAACAACAUGCAACAUGUGUCUUCUUUGUUGCAACAGAAAUCGAGGUGA